UGGAUCUCAAAGUUAUCCUAUUGGCAAUUUUUGUCAGUUUAAGCAACGGAAAAGAAGCCUUGUAUGAGCUCACUUUAUCGGAUGAGGAUAUAUUUAGUGCUUGCUCAGAUACUGCACCAGGCACACUUGCCGUGAAUGGUUUUCUAGAUUUUUCGGAGUUAUCCACGAACUUGCAGGAGAACGGUAUGGAUUUCUCAGGAAAUAUGACGUUUGUAUGGGACAUUCAACCACAGGAUCGUGUAGAGUUCAUUAUUCGAGUUUUAUAUUUUGAUCGAGGCACUUGGAAACCAACAUACUCUGUGAUAACACACGAUUUCUGCAAGUCUAUGUACGAUUCAAGGCAAUUGUGGUACCCCACCUGGACAGGACACGUUAUAAACGUCGAAGAUGUCAGGGAUAAAUGUACAUAUCCUGGGACUAAACUUAUCUUUGAGCCUUACCUCAUGACUAUUGCCAUGAACUUUACAUUAGUACGAGAGGGACUUUAUAAAAUCCGAUGUACUUUCAAGGCAUUUGAUUCCGCCGACAAUGUGCGACCCACGAACAUAUGUUUUGAUAUUUUCGGAGAUGCACAUAAGAAAAAAUAA